GUUCUUUUUCCCCCAUAGUUUCUCCUUUCUCUCUCAUUUGUCUAGCGAGUAUAAUUAAUGAUGCUCAUGUGGGAGCAUAGAGUAUAUAAUUUUUCUUUUCCUUUUUGCUGGAGAGAAUAGUGAGCAGAAUUUUAAUUUAAUAUACUGAAAGUUAGCGGUUUUGUAUUCUUAUCCUAGUGUGAAUUUUCAAGCCAAGCGAAGUCCUCUUUCACACUUCAAUCUCAUAGCCAUGGUUGGAGAAUCUAGGGUUUGACAGCACCAAGUCCUUCAAGGUCCGUGCUUUGGUGCUUUCAUUAUCAUUUUCACUGGAAGUUGGGUGCACUGAGUGGGCGCAGAUAUGUCGCAACCUCUAUUUGGUGUUUUGAAUCAGUUUUGGCAGACCCAGUUGGUUCUGAUCUCUUCGUCUAUUUUACUCUGAAAACCCAAUUAUUUGAUGAAAUGAAUCAAACACAAUUCCUAAUUUGGCUGUGUGUGUGAUAGAAAAUGGGCUUUUGUCUAUCCGGGUCCUUUUAUCUGUCACGCAUGGUCGAAUGUCUGAUAUAUCUGCUGAUAAAUGGGGUUUUCUAGUUUUUUGCAGCAUUUGUCUUAGGUUUCUGCCUCUCUGUUCUAUGGGGAACUAGGUUUUGUCUUCUUUUUCGCCUUUUAGGAAGAUAGGAGCUAAAAUGGAAGGGGUUGAAGAAGCUAACAGAGCAGCUGUUGAAAGCUGUUAUAAGGUUCUAAGCUUGUUGUCUCAUCCCCAAGAUCACGCUCAGCAUAGGAACUUAAUGGUAGAAACUGGGGAGACUGUGGGGAAGUUCAAGAAAGUUGUUUCUCUGCUCUGUAACGGUUUGGGUCAUGCAAGAGUCAGGAAACUCAGAAGACUUCAAAUUCCUGUUCCUCAAAGCGUACUCUUAGACCACCCUAAUUAUAGAACAAAUUAUCAUCAAUCAAAAAAUUUACAGUUUCCCCAGAACAGCUUUAAGGACGAGUCGAUUCAGGAAUUGAGAAAUUCACUCUCCCUGGGAAAUCCAUCGUUGGAAUUGAGCUCGAGUGGGAAAAGUCCUCUCCAACUUACCCAGCAAGCAUCAUCACAGCACUAUCACUUCCUUCAGCAGCAGCAACAAAGGUUAUUGUUACAGCAUCAUCAACAGAUGAAACACCAAGCAGAUUUGAUAUAUCGAAGGAACAACAGUGGCAUAAAUCUAAAUUUUGAUUGCUCUAGCUGUACACCUACAAUGUCAUCAACUAGGUCUUUUAUUUCUUCCUUGAGCAUAGAUGGAAGCGUAGCUAACAUGGAAGGAAGUGCCUUUCAUUUAAUCGGUGCUCCUCUCUCUUCAGAUCAGAAUUCACUCCAGCAUAAAAGAAAGUGUUCUGGCAGAGAUGAGGGCAGCGUCAAGUGUGGGAGCAGCAGUGCCAGGUGCCACUGCUCAAAGAAGAGGAAACACAGAGUAAAGAGAUCAAUUAAGGUUCCUGCUAUCAGUAACAAGCUUGCCGAUAUACCCCCUGAUGAUUAUUCAUGGAGAAAGUAUGGACAGAAGCCGAUUAAGGGCUCUCCUCACCCUAGGGGAUACUAUAAGUGCAGCAGCAUGAGAGGUUGCCCUGCUAGGAAGCAUGUUGAGAGGUGCUUGGAAGACCCUUCCAUGCUAAUUGUUACAUAUGAAGGCGAACAUAACCACCCUAAAAUGCCAACUCAAUCUGCAAAUGCAUGAACUUCAUGGAGAGCUUAACCCAGAUCAAGCAAGCCCAACAUUGAAUUUUGUCUCUGAUUGGCUUCAGAUGCUGCUGUACAUAUUUUCAGCUGUGCAAGCAGGGAUGUUCUCAGCACACUUUUUCAAUCCUGGUUAGCCGGCUGAUGAGCUCUUGGGUUGGAAGAAAGGGGAUGAGGAUCAAUGGUCCCAAAAAAAUGUAAAAUUGGGUAGUUUCGAUUUGAAGGAACCAUUUUCAUCUUUCUCAAGCAUGUUGUAAACAUCACUAGGUUUUUGUUAAUGAAUGACGUGCCAUUUCAAA